UAUGUAUAAUUAGAAAUGGACUCUCGCACGUGCCUAUCCACCAGCGAGCCGAUCGCCCCCUUCGGUCUUCCUCGGCUCGGGAACGAAGGUUCGAGGAUCUUGAAGAUGGAGUUAUCUACGUUCGUUCUUCUCGUAAUGGCUUGUGGUUUGAGGGUGGGAGCUGAUGGAACCAAUCAUAGGUACAAAGAGGGUGAUCAUGUCCCCCUAUUUGCCAAUAAGGCCGGACCUUUCCACAACCCCAGUCAUUUCCCUUUUGCAUCUGCAGCGAGACAUAUCGUUACUAUGACUUGCCAUUCUGCUCACCAGCCAAGCGAAUACAACACAUAUGCAGACAUCGAGGCAGUGUACCAGUGUCUGCAGACAGAAUAUGGAGUCGGUCAGGAAGAUUUGAUCCUUUAUGGCCAAUCUGUCGGUAGCGGUCCCACAUUGCAUUUGGCAGCUCACUUGCCGAGACUGCGAGGCGUAGUACUUCACAGUGCUAUACUGUCAGGACUUCGUGUGGUUUGCCAUGUCAAAUUCUCGUUCUGCUUUGACAUUUAUAAAAACAUUGACAAAAUUAAAAAGGUCAAGUGCCCAGUUUUUGUAAUUCAUGGUACCGAAGAUGAUGUAGUGAAUUGGCUUCAUGGGCAUGGUUUAUGGAAACUAGCGGAAGAACCGUACGAUCCCUUAUGGAUCAAAGGAGGAGGUCAUUGCAACCUAGAGUUAUAUCCAGACUACAUCCGUCACCUAUGCAAGUUUAUUCGGGAAAUGGAGAACCUCACGACUGCAACCCGGCUCAAGAAGAUCCGACAAACUCUCAAACUCCCUGCCAAAGCUGCCGCAACCACCAGCACCACCACCUUCACGACCAACUGUUGCUGCCAAAUUAGAUGUAGGAAACCCAAUUGCUGGAGCUGCCCACAGAGAGGAUGUCUGAUGGUGCGAUGCUCCAAGGGAUCUGCAUACCUGUGCAACUGGUGUUGUGGACAUUGGCAUUGAUGGUGGCAUCCACUGUACAGAUUUGCUCAAACUUCUAAACCUAUCUAUUGUAUCGAAACAUUAACGAAGGCAAUCGGACUAUCGUUCGUGUGCGAAUUAAGAGAAUAGAUACCAGUUUUUUUUAACUGAACUUCACUGAUGAUCUCUAUGCUGUUGAAAUAUCAAUUUGUUGGUAUUAUGUAGUCAUUGCCAAUUUGGCGUUGGUGUGCUUAUGUUGUUAAAUAUAUGCAAGAUUAUGAGAGGAAA